AUGGAACCUCGAAGCUUUAGCUUUGCAGAGUUUCGAUCAUGCCAUUUCGUCGUUGGUAUCGUGCUCGCAUUGGGCAUUACCCAAGUCUCCUCUACCACAAACGAAACCGACAAGCUAUCGCUGCUCGCAUUUAAGGGCGGAAUAACUGAGGAUCCUCUCAGUGUGCUCAGCUCGUGGAAUAAUAGCAUGGGGUUCUGCCAGUGGCAUGGUGUCACGUGCGGUCGCAGGCACCAAAGGGUCAUGGUACUCGACUUGCGUUCACACAAACUCUCUGGCUCGAUCUCUCCUUAUAUUGGGAACCUUAGCUUCUUGAGAGAAUUGUGGCUCGGAGACAACAAUUUCGAUCAUGUAAUCCCUCCGCAAAUCAGCCGGUUGAGCCGCCUACGAAUCUUACGGCUGGGGAUGAAUUCAUUGGUUGGUAAGAUUCCCGAAAACAUAUCAGCUUGCUCUAAUCUUGUCACCCUCAUUCUUACGUACAACCAUCUAUCUGGAAAAAUUCCUGCACAAGUUGGUUCAUUAUCGAAUCUACGGAUUUUUUAUUUGGAUAGAAAUAAUCUAACUGGAAGCAUGCCUUGCUCCAUUGGGAACUUAUCUUCACUAGAGUGGCUUUCUAUUAAGGAAAAUUACUUGGGUGGGAGCAUUCCUCCAGUCUUAGGCCGCCUGUCGAAAUUGCAUCACUUUUAUGUAUAUGAUAACAAACUGUCCGGCCCAAUUCCAACCGGAGUUCUAAAUCUCUCUUCUUUAAUUGUCUUCGAUGUGAAAUUCAACCAAAUUCGAGGGAGUCUUCCUGCAGACAUAGGCUUUACACUUCCGAAUCUUCAGUGUUUUAGCAUUAGCGUAAACCUAUUUGAGGGACAGGUUCCUCCGUCAGUAUCAAAUUGCACAAAGCUAGAGACGCUUCAACUUGCAAUGAACAAAUUUUCAGGUAGGGUGCCUUCUUUGGAAAAUUUGCACGAGCUUCGAAUGUUCACCAAUUUCGAAAAUCAGCUCGGGCAUGGAAAACCCGAAGACUUGAAUUUUGUUUGCUCACUGACAAACGCCACGAAGUUAGAGAUAUUGUCUAUUUUUGGCAACAGUUUCGGCGGAGUGCUACCUAAAUGCAUAGGUAACUUAUCCAUCACCCUCACCCUAUUUGAUGUGAGUGACAAUCUACUAUUUGGAGACAUUCCUAGACAGAUUGAAAAUUUUGUCAACCUCGAAGUAUUGAUUAUGUCCAAAAACAAGUUUUCAGGUGUUCUACCCUCGAAUUUGGGGAAUCUACAAAAAUUGCGGAUACUAAGGUUAAGUGGUAACUACUUGGGAGGGACAAUCCCAUCUUCUCUAGGAAAUCUAACCAAGUUGAUUCAACUAUUUUUGGAUGGAAACAACUUUCAAGAUCAAAUCCCUUCAGAACUGUCCAACUGCCACUUUUUGAACCAGCUCUCUCUUUCUAGUAACAAUCUCAGUGGUACCAUACCCCCACAAAUUAUGAGUAAUUUAUCACAAAUCAUCUUUUUUAACUUGUCUUAUAACCGUCUGACGGGAGUUCUACCCAUGGAAGUAGGCAACUUGAGAUUUUUGACCGCAUUGGACAUCUCUGGAAAUAUGUUAGGAGGUGAAAUUCCAAAUAGUUUAGGUGAUUGCGUGGCAUUGCUAUCAUUGAGGAUGGGGGCCAAUUACUUCCAUGGGUCCAUUCCUCAGUCGAUGAGAUCGUUAAGAGGCAUUGAAGAACUUGAUCUUUCACACAACACUUUUUCCGAGGAAAUUCCACAGUUCUUGGAGGUAUUUCAUUCUUUGAAAGUUCUGAAUUUGUCUUACAAUAAUUUUCAAGGCAUGCUGCCGCGUGAAGGAGUCUUUAAGAAUGCUACCUCUACUUCUGUUAUUGGGAAUGCUAAGCUUUGCGGUGGGUUGCCAGAAUUUCAGCUUCCUAAAUGCAAUUCCAGUAGCUCCAAGAGUAGGAAAGUCCAUCUUGUAUUGAGAUUGUCGGCUGUUGUUAUUUGUGGCCUUCUUGGAAUUGCUCUUGUUCUUGCUAUGCUAUAUCUCUGUUGGUGGAAGAAGCAAGUACAAGAACCGGUUUCAAGUUCUAUUGAUGAGUUAUGUCCGAACGUAUCUUAUGGAACACUCCUAAAAGCAACCGAUGGUUUUUCUUCAGCCAAUUUGGUUGGUGUUGGAAGCUUUGGUUCUGUUUACAAGGGGGUACUUGAGGAUAAUGGGACUGUCGUUGCAGUUAAGGUGCUUCAUUUGGUGGGCCUAGGUGCUCUGAAGAGCUUCAUUGUUGAGUGCCAAGUUUUAAAGAACAUCCGACAUCGAAAUCUUUUGAAAAUACUAACAGUUUGUUCGAGUGUUGAUUAUCAAGGAAACGAUUUUAAGGCCAUGGUAUAUGACUUCAUGGACAAUGGAAGCCUGGAACAGUGGUUACACCCAAAAGCAAUGCGAUCUCAUGGAAAUGAGCCUUUGAAAAAAGUGAAUUUCAUUCAGAGGAUAAAUAUUGCUACUGAUGUUGCUUUUGCACUAGAUUAUCUUCAUCACCAGUGCCAUAUCCCCAUCAUUCAUUGUGAUCUAAAGCCAAGCAAUGUCCUCUUAGAUGCUCAAAUGGUCGCACAUGUGGGCGACUUUGGAUUGGCAAAGUUCCUCCUUGGAUCAUCCCAUGAUACUGUAGCUAACCAAAUGAGCUCCGUGGGUCUACGAGGGACAAUUGGUUAUGCUUCACCAGAAUAUGCAAUGGGAUGCGAGGUCUCGAGAGAAGGUGACAUCUACAGUUACGGCAUCCUCUUACUAGAGAUGUUCACAGGAUUAAGUCCCACUGACGACAAAUUUGGAGAUAAUUUCACUCUCCAUAGUUUUGUCACGGCAGCUUUGCCUGAACAAGCGUUGGAAAUUACGGAUCAAAUUCUGCUUCUAGAAAGGGAGAGUCGUUUCGACCCCAACAGUCCUCAGCAUUGGCUUUCCGAAAGCGAUAACAUAUUUCAAGAGUGUUUGGUUAUGGUAUAUAAUAUUGGAGUAGCUUGUUCUGAUGAAGUGCCUGGAAGACGGAUGAGCAUCAGUGGUGUUGCAAGUCAAUUGCAAAACAUUAGGCGAAAACUCUUUGCAUUGGGUUUACAUGAACAAGAUGAACAUCCGCGGGUGAUAUGA